CUCACUUCAUACGCUGUGAUAAACAGGUGCCCGACGAUAACGUAACUAUGUCACAUUGUUCCCCUAAAGUUGAGACAGGCAGCUAGGCUGAGGUCAAGAUGGGGAACACACUGGGUAAAAGUGCGGCUAUCGACUUCGGAAUUCAAUGGUCUUGCUGGAUUGUCGCCUCCCUGUUGAAGACGGAAAAGUUUUAUGAUCUUGCAGGUUCUGGAACUGCUGUAUUACUUACUGCUCUUUCAUUGCAUUGGAAUCAAGAAAAGAUUUUUCAUCAGAAAAUUCAGAGUGGAAUGGUGAUAGCAUGGGGUCUCAGAUUAGGCCUAUUCUUAUUUACCAGAGUUCUUAAAGCUGGUAAGGAUCGCAGAUUUAACAAUGUACGAGACCAUCCUCUUCGGUUCUUUGUCUACUGGACAAUACAAGGUAUAUGGCUGAUGGCCAUCCUACUACCUACACUGAUUCUAAACAGCAAGACAGGGGACCAGCCCUUGACCAUCAAAGAGUACACUGGCUGGUCACUUUGGGGCAUUGGUUUCCUCUUAGAGGCUUUGGCUGACCACCAAAAGACCAGAUUCCAUAACAACCCAGAAAAUCAGGGCAAGUUUAUCACCUCGGGGCUGUGGUCCAUUGUCCGCCACCCCAACUACUUGGGUGAGAUACUUCUGUGGUCGGGGCUAUAUGUGUCAGCAUCAAGUUAUCUCAGUGGCUGGGAACGGGCCAGUGUCAUCUCUCCCGUGCUGACCGCUCUCCUACUGACCAAGGUCAGCGGGAUUCCUCUGCUGGAAAAAUCUGGUAUGCGUCGUUGGGGAGAGGAUCCGCAGUAUCUUAAAUACUUGAAGGAAACACCAAAAUUAAUUCCUUUUUUGUGGUAAUUAAAAGAUUGCUGGGGCUACCUAAAAUAAUGCAAAACACUAAAAAAAAUGCCAUGAUUUAUUCCUUGAUUGGAGGCUGUGUUUGUCAAGGUUUAAGUGAAAAUCGAAGUUGGCAUCCAAUGAUUGAAGAGUUAUCUAUUCAACACAUUUUCCCCACAUUUUCUUUUUUUUAAUGAAUAAUGAGGAACUGAAUGUAUGCUGGUUUUAUUUGAUAUACCUUGGUAUGUAUGAUAUUUGAUUGUUGUUAUAUCUUUGCAAAAUAAAUGAAGUAUUGAAAAGUUGGUUGCUACAUUUGAAUAUUUGAUGCUGAUUUAAAUAUCCGUAAACUUUCAACACGUAAUAAGCCUGCAUUUAUAUCUUGAGGACAGGUUUCACAUACAAUGUUUAAGCAACAUACAUGUACCGUAGUUGCCAUCCUUCCAUACUAACUGUUUUCAGUGCCUGUUAAUGAAAUAGUCUUUAUUGAUGAUUAGGUUUAAGUAACUACUGAAAUAUGUGUCUGUUGUUGUCACAACUUCAGUCCUUAAUUUAGGUUCUGUUCAGAAUAGAAUUAAUUGCGCUAGCAGGAUCGUUCUAUCUCAGUGGGGGUUCAGCCUUUACGUACUUGGGUAAAGUCGGGGAAAACUCUGUGGUCCAUGAUGUUGUUCAUGCUGCUUUGCGAGGGGGCAUGCCAGGCAAUUCAGCUGUUGACGUUGACCUCGCCUUGGUGAGAAUCCCCGCUUAGAUAGAUCGAUCCUGCCAGUGCGACAACUUCUAUUCUGAGCACAGCCUCAACCAGUGAAAAUGAAUGUGAACAUGUUUGUGAUAAUAAAUAUUUUCGAUUA